AUGAAUUUAACUCAUCGUGUGAGUUCAAUCAUUGCUUCCACCUUAGUUCAGAAGAAGGGAGAUCCGAGGGUGUUUACCAUUCUGUGUAAUAUUGGGCUUCAUGCAUUCGCUCGUGCUCUAUGUGAUAAUGGGGCGAGCAUCAAUCUAAUGCCCUUUGCUAUUUUCAAACAAUCCGGAUUGGGAAUGCCUAGACCGACUUCUAUGCGAUUACAAAUGGCGGACAGAUCCAUCAAGAAGCCAAUUGGGGUUAUAGAUGAUGUGUUGGUACAAGUGGGUAAGUUCAUGCUGCCUGCUGAUUUCGUUAUUCUGGAUUGUGCGGUUGAUAAAGAUAUUCCCAUCAUCUUGGGAAGACCAUUCCUUGCUACGGACAGAGUGCUUAUAGACUCUGAAAAUAAUGAAAUAAAGUUUCUAGUAAAUGAUGAAGAGGUGACUUUUCAAGCAAGUAAGGGGAUGAAGUUGCCAAAUGCUUAUGAGAGUAUCUCAGUUAUUGAUUCAUUUGACGAGUUUGAUGGUGCUGUCGAACACAAAAUGGAAGAAGAAAGUUUGGGAGAAGCUCUUGCUGCUGUUCUGGUGAACUUUGAUGCUGACGAUAUGGAGGGCUACGUGGAAAUUAUAAAUGCGCUUGAGGGUCUGGGUUCUUAA